GGCAGCGGGUAUAGAGCAGCGGAGACAGGCGGUGUACAUGCAGGCUGAGAUGAAACUAAAUGACACAAUAAAACACACUGCAGAUGAUAUGAAAGAUCAGCUGGAGGCGAAAGAUCAGAAGAUUUUUUCCCUUCAGGAAGAUCUCCGGAAGGCUGCAAAUGAGGAGGAAGCACUGUUGGAAAAGAUUCAGGGACGAGCCUUCGAGCUACAGAAUGAACAAAAGGAAACUCUUGCUCUGAAGCAGAAACAAGAAGGACUUCUUGCCGAGCUACAGGCUCAGGAGCACACCAUUUACCAGCUACGGAGUGAGGAGUGUAACCUGAAAUCCCAGCUUAAGGACAGCAAAGCGAGACUUGAGCAUCUGCAGAACAAACUUGACAUGUCAGACAAGUUAUAUGGCCGUGCCAAGCAGCAGCUUUUGGAAUUUGAAAACAAGAUAUCUGAUUUGGAAUUUGAAAAUCUUGAGCUAAAAACAAGUAAAGAAGAACAAACUGUUCAGUUCUAG